CACUCACUCUCUCUUUCUCUCCUCCUCUCCAAACACAAGUGAAUUCACACGGUCAAGAAAACGUCCUUGUUUUUCAAAGUCCGGUCAGCAGAGAAUGGCAAAUAACAAUUUGUAUCUAGAUUACCAUGGUCUCCUGCUACCUAAGAUAGCUCAUACAGGGGAAACUCUCAACUACCUCCAGAAUUUCCAAGUCAAAGAUGAUGAUGUUUUUGCUGUUACCUACCCAAAAUCCGGCACUACUUGGAUGCAGGAAAUUAUUCCCCCGCUCCUGAAUGGAGGAGACCUGACGUCCGUGGAAACCAUCCCUAACUGGGACAGGGUUCCAUGGCUGGAGGAAACACGAGCUUCAUUGGUCUUAGAUAAGCUCCCUUCACCACGAGCAAUCGUCUCCCACAUGCCUUAUAAUUUGAUGCCUUCCUCCUUUUUCAAGUCCAAGGCCAAGGUAAUCUAUGUCGCUCGGAAUCCUAAAGAUGUUUUAGUCUCCUCUUUCCACUUUCAUCAAAUGGCCAGUUUCCUUGAAGACCCUGGAACAUUUGAAGAAUUUGUUGACAAAUUCCUCUCUGGAAAAGUUUUGUUCGGAAAGUGGACCGACCAUGUGAAAACCUGGCGAAACCCUGAACUCGGUGACAGAAUUCUGUACAUCACCUACGAAGAAAUGCUUCAGGACCUCCGUGAAGUCCUGGGCAGGAUUUUAAAAUUUCUUGGCCGGGAGCUCAGUGCAGAGGCUCUGGAUCGCGUGGUCAAUCAUGGCACUUUCAAAAAUAUGAAAACAAACAAAAUGUCAAACUACUCUCUGGUGCCAGAAAACAUUAUGGAUAACAAGAAGUCACCCUUCCUCAGAAAAGGUAUCGCUGGAGACUGGAAGAAUCACUUCAGUCCUGAACUUGAUGCCAAGUUCACAGCUGUCAUUCAAGAGGAAAUGAAAGAAAGUAACAUCAGAUUCCUGUGGGAUGAGGAAUGAGUGAAUCUCUUGUAAUGACAUCUCGGUGCAGAUCAAAAUAAACAGUCAUAGAUGGAA